AUGCCUCGGAGGGCUUGGCGCUUUCUCCUCGUGGCGCUGGCCCUGAGCCUUAGGCUCUGGAGGCCCUGGAGCCUCUCCGCGGUGCCGGCUGUCGGAGUGCAACCGAGGAGUCCAAAAAAUCGGCAUCUUUCGCCCUAUGAGCGUCUCCUCGUGAACAUCAUGAAAGAUGCUGGCUCACAAGGCCGAUGGUCGGAGGUGCAGCGUUAUUGGGCUGGCUACAACGGCACCGCCGUGGAAGUUUACGAUGCUGCCAUGGGGGCAGCCUACAGCUGCGGGCAGUAUGCGCAUGGGGCCACCAUCUUUAAGAAACGAUCUAACCACAGCGCAGCCGAAGUGGACCUGAACUUCUUGCUGACCGGCUUGAAGAUCUUCAGAAAGCUUCGGGACAGGUUGCAGACAGAGGCCGUUUGGCAGCAAAUUGAGACGAAAGGCUGGGUGAAGGAUGUUGAUGAAACUACCACGCUUCAAGCGUCCAUUCUCCUUGGCAACAUCUCAUUGGCUGCUUCUGCGCUGGACGUUGUACGCACCCAGCGGAUGCUGCCGGACCGCUUUCAUUGCUCCUCGGCCAUACGGGCAUGUGCGAUGUCGGAUCAGAAGGGCAAGCACCUGGCAGCAGCGUAUUUUCUUGACUACAUGAUGCAGGAGAGACUGCAGCCGGACACUUUCACCUUCCUCAGCACUCUGGCAGCACAUCAGACAGCCUCAGCUCAGGAGAUCGACGGGGUGCUUGAGAAGAUGGCGCUGGCUCGCCUUGAGCCUGACGCCAUUAUGACAGAGGCCUACAUGGGAGCCAUGUUCCAGGGCCGGCUGAGAAACAUCUCGAGUCCCGAGGAUGUUGAAAAGAGCCUGGCUGGAGUCAGCCCUGAGAGGUUACAGGCAGCGCGGUCAUUUUUGGAAGAGAACCUGGCCUGUCCGGGCAGACGGACGAAACUGACGAAACUGGUGAUGAAGUUCUAUGGACUCACAUAA